AGCGAGCCUCAGUUAUCCCGCGUUUAUCCGCGUAAACUAGAGCGCUCAUAGUGCGCUCGGUGAUUUUUUUGGAGUUAACUCGGCGGACGAAGGAGGUGACGAGCAAGGAAAGACUCGAGGAUCGCGAUCCAGAUAGGACUCGCGACCUGGAAGUCCUUCCUGAGUCCAUGCGGAAGCACGUGGCUUAAGGUCAAGCACGACGAGGCGGAAGUAACAAUCGGCUGGAACUCCGUAUUAAUGCAGUCUCCGAGCGUCACAACGAAAUCUAUACCCAGUUAAAUUGCAAUUGCGUAAUCAUCUCAGGUGCCUGUGGUACACUCGACAAUUACUAAGGAAAUGUGCAGUCGGAGGGAUGAGCAAAGAUUGUGGAAUUUGCGGGAUUUAUCCCCGAUGGCUACGAGAUCGUGCUACCCCGAAAAAUUUCAUCGCUGUGUAUGGCCUCCUUGGCACCGUGCAGGCGAUGGCUUUUAUUUACAUCGUUGUCACCCUUACGACCUUGGAAAAGAGAUUUAAAAUACCUAGUCGUACAACUGGAAUAAUCCUUUCCGGCAAUGAGAUCUCUCAAAUUUUAUCCUUGAUAUUAACCUAUUAUGGAGGUUCUGGUCACCGUCCAAGAUGGAUCGCAAUUGGUGUCGGUCUUAGUGCUUUAUCGUGCCUAGUCCUCGCACUUCCACACUUCCUAUACGGGCCAGGGCGAGAUGCUCUGGCAUUAACGAAGGAAUACCUUGACCAAACUCUGUUGAAUGCCACCACAGUGCCCCAAGAUCUGGCAAUUUGUCCACGUGUCAUCAAACCGGAUCGUUGCGACGAGGAAGCGCUGUUGGACGUUAGCAUUCUUCCACGACUCUUGGUUUUCCUUUCUCAGUUUAUCCUUGGAAUUGGUACAACUCUUUAUUACGGUCUUGGCCAGACGUACCUGGACGAUAAUACCAAAAAGAAAAAUACUCCAAUGCUUCUAGGUUUUACUUUUGCUCUGAGAACUAUUGGACCAGCAAUAGGCUUCCUGCUGGGCUAUGGUUGUCUCAGUUUGUACAUAGAUCCUAGUCUACAUCCUGUGAUUACAAAAAAGGAUCCUCGAUGGUUAGGUGCAUGGUGGCUCGGUUGGAUUAUUUUAGGUGCCACUAUGGGCAUGUUUUCUAUUCUUAUAGCUAUGUUUCCACGAAAUUUACCGGCUGAAAAGAAUAUUGCACUCGACACUGCCAGAAAGGAUGGUAGUAUUCCAUUGAAAUUGCACCUAACUGUGCAGGAACAAUAUAUGAAACCGAUGGAGCCAAGAAAAUCUUUAGAAACUGAAUACAUUCCAACUAUGCGCGAAUUUCCGAAGGCAAUGAAGAGGUUAUUGACAAAUUGGCUGUUGACUUUCAAUAAUUUAAGCGGAGUGUUCUACGUAUUAGGUGCAUCGGCGUAUAUAACAUUUUUGGCGAAAUAUCUUGAGGUUCAAUAUAGCACAUCCGCUGCUGGUGGUACCGUAAUUGCAGGUCCGAUAUCGCUCGUUGGAAUGGUACUAGGAUUUCUGCUUUCUGGAUUAAUAAUCAGCAAAUUUAAACCUGGCCCUAGACCACUGCUAGCGUGGAAUGUAUUCGUCGGCAUUUGUUUUGUUGCUGGUCAAGUAUUAUUUAUAUUUCUUGGUUGUUCCGAUAUCGGCAUCGAAGGCCUCAACUUAGAAACUAUGCAAAUGAAUCUAACAUUCAAUUGCAACGCCGACUGCAACUGCAACGGCGUGAAAUAUUCUCCGGUUUGUCACGUGGCAUCCAAAACAACAUUCUUCUCUGCUUGCCACGCUGGUUGUCGAACAAUAAUCAACGACAAAGAAUUUGGAAAUUGCAGCUGCCUCCCGUUACUAAACACGCUAAAUUUUGAAAGCCAUUUCGGUUAUACCACUGAUGAUGUUUCGAGGGAUCAAUCGAUCUACGUGAACGACUCGCACGUGAUGAAUUUCGACAAAGUCAGAGCUGGUCCAUGCACGAACGAUUGCAGCGGCCCUUACCUCCUUUUCAUGAUUCUCACUUGUGUUAUACAAACGUUGGCGUGUUCCGGAAAAAUUAGCAACGUCCUGGUAAAUUACCGCAGCGUCGAGAAAAAGGAUAAAAGCUUCGCGCAGGGUGUUACGCUGAUGAUUAUUUCCUUGUUUGCGUUAAUACCUGGACCAAUUAUUUACGGAGCCAUUAUUGACUCAACUUGCUUGAUCUGGGAGGAGUCCUGCGGAACCAGAGGAAACUGCUGGUUCCAUCAUGGAAAGAACUUCCGGUAUUUAGUUAACAUAACGUCAGCAGGAUUCUCCGUGAUAGGAGUGUUGUUCGAUGUAGCGGUCUGUUAUCUUGGGAAAAAUUUGGAUCUGUACGGCGCCCAAGAAAACGACAGACGUCGCGAAUUUAUUAAGGAAGAUGACACGCCACAAACUGCCGACGGCGAGAAGAAGAAGAAGGAAAUGAACGGAAAUGUAAAUUAAAUGACAGGAAAUUAUCGUUUCUGCCAAUUAUACGUGAAAAUGUUCCAUGUGAAAUUUUAAACUUUAUUUGUUGUUACAGAGGCUACAAAAAGUAUUCGUAUCCAUAUUUUUGAUGAAAAUUUUCUCUU